CCAAAGGCUCCAUGCACGUGUACGUGCACGUCCACGUGUUCAGUAUGUGAAAAACGUUCAGUGUUGAUGGUUUUUGGCUCGCACUAAUGCGCUCCCGGGUUUGUCUGUUCUUGAAUAAACUAACAUGUAAGCUAAGCGACAGACAGGCAGAGACAUCGAGUAUCUGAUUUUGAUUUUGAGUUAACAAGUGUAAGGAUAAAACCUGAACAGCGUUUAAUUUUAAAUGAUUAUGUAAGGCUGUCGCACCUCCUGGGGUUUAAUUAGCGAUGACACCGCGUUUUCGCCGCAUUAGGAGACCGAAAACCGGCUUCAACAAAAGCUCCGCAGGCAGUUUAUGCAGUUUUAUUGUAACCCAACUUAUAUAAUCAUGGCACGAACGGUGGACACCAAACCAUUUUAACUACGGUUAUAAAUUUUAACGCCUCUUAUAAAAGUGCACAGGCACAGCAUUAAAGGGGAAUAGUAUUAGUGACCGACCACCACAGCUUUUGUUUGGGGAGAAAAUGCACCUUCCUAUAGUAACGUUAACGGCGUUGUUCGCCAGUGCCGUAGCUGCUGAAACUUGCGAAGAGCUGAAGGCCCGCUGUGACACGUUGAGCGGAGAUGGAGAGGCUUAUUUUCAACGCAUGGCGCCAUACAACGCGACCGUAUGGCCGGUAUCCGCCGCGGAUCUGAAGCAGUUACAAGCGACUGGUGAACAGUUUUGCAAGUGGAACACCGACUCCGCAAAAUGCAUCCAGUCCGUGUAUUCCCAGUGCUCAAAGGAUGAUGUGGCUUCCGCGGGUGGAUGGUAUGAUGCUGAAUAUCGGCUUUCCUUUGGUGCGCUGUGCCGUACAGCGGUGGGACCGGUGAAAUAUUUACGUGCUGUCCGACAUUGUAUUGAGAAAGAUGAGGAUGCGCUGGACGCCUGUUGUAAUGGUCUCGAUGCUGCUGGCGACAACGAAAAGGACGAAAAUGCCACCGACGCCCAUAAAAGUUUUUGCAACAAACUGAAAGCGACUGUGAGUUAUUUCGACGGCAAGGGCUUCCAGAACGUAGCUGGAACAUGCGGAGCAGACGCUGCCCAAACGUUUAAGGACGUAUAUAAGCAGCUGCUUACCGCACACUGCAAGAAAUAAUCACCUAACAACUUCUUUAAUCUUUAAAAACUUCUUUAAAAAACGUUUCUGAUAAGCUCCACGGAGUGCCGUGGAAAUGAUGGCGGCUGCAAAUAAUGGAGCUUCCAAAUUCCGAUUGAGUCUCCAACAAUGUAACGAACGGCUUAAACAAAACUCAAGCAACUUUCUUAACGAUUCAACGGUGUUGAUUUCGUGUUUUUCGCAGUGCAAGUCUGUGUCACAAAAUACUGGUGCUAUUUAGUAACCACAGUCUUGCGGAUCGCACAUCAAUAAA